AUGACAAUCGCACAGACUACAGACAUGAACCGCAGCAGAAAGACUGCCUGGUCUGGGAAGGUCCUCAUCCCAAUGUGGACCAUGCAGAUAGCGGCGACAUUGACAAACAUCGCCGGCUACAUCUUGUUCCUGUCGCGCUACGAAAGCCCCAACUCCUGGGCGUAUUACGACGAUUAUACCAAUACAAGUCGUGCAUCAUUCGCAUACAUUUCAGCAGUCAUUCUCGUCAUACUAUGGUUCAUCGCUCUGUGCAUGAUCAUCUUUGAGAUUGUCAGGUUCCACAAGAAGAACCUGCCUGCCAAAACAAUGCUCACAUCGCAAAUCAUCCUGAGUGUCUUUUCUUCAAUCGCCUUCAUCAUCGAAAUGCUUGGGCUGUUUGCAAUCAUCUAUGGCGGGUACAAGUCAUUGUUGGACUGGUUUGGCACGAUCGUUGCGACGCGAAAGCUGGCAAAGAGAGAGUCGAAGAAUUCGUAUGGCAUGACUGGUUUGAACGAAGAGACGGGUCAGGGCAAGGGCGACCAGAUUUGA